AUAUUUUCUAAACCCGAGGCGCCCCACACCGGAUAGGCACUUUCCCGUCUCCAUUUGGGUUGUUUCCGCUUUGAGAAAGGGUAACGGAGAGAGAUCCGGGCCGUUGCGAUUUCCUCACCUCAUCGGUUACCCUGGUUCUUGAUCCGAUGGGGGAUGUGUCGUUGAACCCCCAGCCAUUGAUCAACGACGAGCCACUGACCCUGCCCGCUACUGCUGCCAAGGACAACCAAGUUCGAGACUUGAUGUCAUCCGGAUGGACAAACGAGCAGCACAGUUCCUACAUAAGCUACAUGGAGGCAUCCUUCAUGGACCAACUAUAUGGACAUCAGAACCACGGGCUUGAUGUGAAUAAGAGGCAUCUGGGUGACAAUGGGUUCAAGGUGAUGAUUCAAGAGGGUCUUUGCAACAAUAUCAAGUUUGAGAGGAACCACCUUCACCAUGAUGCCAGAAUAAACUGCCUGCCUGAGAAUCCAUUGGUCAGGCGUUUCAGGCCACGCGGUACUGGUGCAAGUCGCCGUGAUGAUUGUUUUGAAGCUAUGGAGGAUGAUUACGGGUCAGGUACAGAUAUGGUCCGAGAGAAGGUCCGGAUGCAUAGAAGAGAAGUGAAGACUUGUGCCAGACAAAAUCUUAUUGGUAAAAGCAAAGAAGUAUCUGAUCAAAAUUUUCCUGAUGAGGAGGCUGAAGCCAGUAAUGAACCAUCCAAGAAACAGAGGCCUACAUCAUCCAGUGCUACACCAAAUGAUCCGGGAACGUAAUAGGAUUGAUGAUCCUGAUCUGUUGUUUGUUUUUCGUCUGGAAAAUCACAUGCUGCUACAAAAGGGUGGUGGUAUCCAAGGAGCUCCGAAACCUGAAGGAUGGCAUGGAAUACUUGUUCUGGGAUCUUACUGAAACUCUGUUACAGGUCGUGCUGGCAGUUUGAAGUUUCCUUUGGGUGCAAACUGAAUUAUACCCUGCGUUAGCUCUCUACCGCGGUCUAUUUGCGGUGUGAAAGACUGCAUUCAUAGGAUGUUUCUUCACUCCGUGGGUGAAUUGCCUGAUGUUUGUUGAAUCAAAUCGGUUUUUGUGCUCGUCGAGCAAAUUCAUUUGGAGAAUUCGAGCAGCUAUUGUCUGCGAAGUUUAUGUUGACAUUAUGCCGUUCCCGGCAUUGAUUACGAUUCAAAUGUUCAUCCU